UUGGAACGGGAAAUUUUCCACUCUGACUGUUUUUUCUGUAAUUUCAUCGUCACGAAUUCAGAUCCGUCCGAACCCAUCAACACACCCCGGCAUGGUGUUGAUUUCAUUGGUCCGCUAUGGUUACCACGUACCUACAAGGUUACCUGCUGCCGUGGUGGGGCACCGGUCGCCGAGAACCCUGAGGGUUCCUUUCUGCUCUCAGCGACAGCUCUAUUCAACUUUAGUUUCAGUGGCUAUGGCGUGCGAUGCAAAUGUCCAGAAACUGCGGAUGUGCUGGAUAGGCAUUGUCGAAAGUUGGCACCAUGCCAAAAUAAUGGCUAUAGAUCACAGUCGUUAGGCAUGAUUUGUGCAUGCAGUGAGCCGUAUUUCGGUGAAUUCUGUGACAAAAUCUGCGAUCAGGGACAGAUUCUGAAAGGAGUCGACGGUCGAAGUUACUGUAGCUGUUUGCCAUUUUACCAGGGCGAACAAUGUACAGACAUGGUGUGCCUCAAUGGUGGGGUGGAAAUGCAUGGACGAUGCACAUGCCCACCAACGUUUGUUGGCUAUCACUGUGAAAUUGAUGCUAAUCGAACUAAUAAACAAGGAGGACGAUAUCAACGUUUCGGAGAGAGCAACGAAAUGUUCACUCGUGAUAUUAGCGGCACUGUCUUCAGUCUAGUGAUGAUUAUCGUACUGGUAGUAUCUAUGUAUUUGCUCAUGAAACACAGAAUGCAGGUCCAAUCCCGGUACACGGCAUCGCGACGCGACGAAAUGGCCCGCGCGGCGGCUAUUUACGGUAUUGCUCGAAGGGGAGACGUAAUUUCACCAGAAGACUUACGAAUUGCACCAUUUGUUGCCGCCGGUAUUGAUGGACCACCGCCAUAUGUGCUACAUUCCUAUGCAACUCGAAUGCGCGGUGACAUCCUGCCUCCACUUCCUUCUUACGAGGACGCUACAAAGGAUGCACCGAUAAGGUAUCAUAAUCUAAUUAUUGGCUUCGAUCGUUAUUACAUCAGCUGA